AUGACGCUGCUGAUAGUCGGGCUGUCGCUGGUUGCCUGUCCGGAGACGCCAUUGCUGUUUGAAAGGCGAAAGCUGCGAGAGGCUGAAGGAGAAGCGCCAUAGAAACAGGGUGGCUUCACUCCGCCGUUCUGGAGCUUUUUAACCUUUCCUUACGAGGAAGGACGGUUGAACAGGGCUAAUUUCUCCCCAACGAGACCGAAGCGCGGAGGUCGCCUGGUUCACCAGAGCGGUUGGUCGUUACCUUCCGGCCCUGCCCUCUCCUCCCCUUUGGUUUGAGUUCGGUUGCCGUGAGCGUGUGUUGCCGGAUCAUGGCGUGUGGGGCCACACUGAAACGAAGCGUCGAGUUUGACGCGUUGCUCAGCCCACAGUCUCAGUCCCCCAAACGGAGGCGGUGUAUGCCUUUAACAGGGCCCGGCACUGGGACACCAUCGCCCCAGAAGUACCUGAGGAGCGAGCCAGCGGCCUUUGGCGGAGAGAGCUCCUCAGCCCAUCGACUCACACCAGAGCAGAUAUUUCAGAACAUCAAGCAAGAAUACAGCCGCUUCCAGUGGAGGAGACAGUUAGAAGGAAGCUUUAAUCCAAGUGAGACAAACAGUUCUGUUGAAGGAUCAUCUAAUACUUUGUUACUAAAUGCACCAAGCUCACCAGGAAAGUCACAUUUCUAUGAUGGGACGUUAUCUAAGAAAGACCAACCCUUGUUCACAUUACGACAGGUUGGAAUAAUUUGUGAGCGCCUGCUUAAAGACCAUGAAAGCAAGAUCCGGGAGGAAUAUGAACAAGUUCUUAACACAAAACUUGCAGAACAAUAUGAUGCUUUUGUGAAAUUCACACACGACCAGAUUAUGAGACGAUAUGGAGAACGACCUGCUAGUUAUGUAUCCUGAAGCAUUUUGUGAUUGAACGGGUGUUGGCUUUCGCCUCAAGUCAGCUGCUGUACUUACGAGAACUAAUUUUGGUGCCAUGUUUUACCCACCUUCUACUUGAGGGAUUUUAACUCUUCACUGCUGGCCCACCCUACCUCUUGUAAAAUGAAACAAAAAGACAAAAAAAAAUCUGACUUUACCAGUCAUUGUGCUAUCAGUACAGAGAUUUGUCUACUUUCCACUGCUAACUCUGCUACUGUGAGAAUAAUCUGCCAUUUAUUUCCAGUUCAAGAAGCUGAAUACCAAGCAACAGUUAAUCUGCUUUUAAGAAGUGGCACUGAAUAUGGGAUUGUUACCGUACAAACCUUUUGAAAGGAUUAAAGUCUGUCACAAGUGAUUAAAGUAGAAAUUUCAGUUUCUCUGUAUUGAUCUGAAAAAUGCAGUGCACUACAGUAAUAUUGCAGAAAUCUCCCUUUUUUGUGUAGAAUUUUUAAUGUGGAGCAUCAUUACCUGUCAGCUACAGACAUCUGUAAUGCUGUUACUUCGCAGUAAGUGGGAUGUGCAUAUCCAAUCUAGUCACUCAAUUCCGUGUUUGAACUGGAGACCUUCAAAUUGCACACUCAACCUGGUCUGAAGCAAAAACUGACUGAGCCAGAAAUAUAAACAUCCAUGGCUCACUGGUCGGACACAUGAAAUGUAUACUCGUGAAAGUCACUAAUAACAAUGCUAAAACAUUUUUUAGUCUCAAUUAGGCAUCUAAAGAGGAAUGGAUAAUAAUGUCAGGGAUCUGUUUUAUUUCAAACUUUCUUCUGGAUGUAGAAAAACCAGUAAUCAUUUGUGAAUGGUACAAAGGUUUAAACUGGGUUAAAUGGCCUUUCUUAAAUAGUCCUGUUCUUGGUUUAAACUCAGUUUUGUAGAGUUUGUCUGUUUGAACAAUAGUAUGUUUACCUGUUGCGCCAGGAGUUUUAGAUUGGCUUUCAAUUUUAUUUCAUAACUUUGGCAAUUAGAUCUAAGAUUACUUGAGCUAACUCUUUAAAGAGUUGCUUAGAUUUAAUUUUUAAUUUUAGAAUACUUCUGAAUCUCUAAUUGACAGCAUUGACCUUUUUUAGCUCAGCCGAUAUAACACUGUACAAUUCUGUAUAAGUGUUUCUAAUCACAAAUCGGAUUAGAUCCUGGGCUGAGACUCAAACUGGUCUGUUUGGGGAAACAAAUUGGCUCAUGUAGGACUCUUAAUUUGCAUAUCCAAUCAAAUGAACUCAAAUCUAGAUGUUUUUGCCAUUGUCUGAUGGCUACAGUAUCAACUUCUUACUACUUCCCUAUCCAAUUAACAGGCUACAAAUAAGGACAAGAAGAGGCAUUUUUACCAACAUUGGGAAAAUAGAAUUGUCAUAAAAAUCUGCAGGAAUAACAGGGAUGUUUGGCUGUUAGAAUAAAUUGCAAUGAAUGUUUGUUUGUUUUCAAAGCAUAACUACCGAAAAAUUGCAACUUCACCUCUUUGUCUUUGUAUGUUUCUUACCCUGUGUAGUGUUAACAAGCUUUAUUUUUAAAGGGGGGGGAAAAAAAAUUGAAAAAUACCUAAACUGGACAUCUGUCGAUAUCCAGUUUUGGUUUGAACACCUAAGGAUUCCACAUUCCCGUCUCUCUUUUUUGGUUGAAAAUUGAUUUGUAACCUACAUCAGUCUUGCAUUUGCUUGUUUGCCAGAGUUUUGUUGCCUAGUUAUGACGUCCGAUGACUGACUUGUGUUUAAUAAAUCUAGAGUGGCCUUAUAAACAUUUUAUGUUUUGGGAUUAUAGCAUUGUCAGAACCAAGGAUGCACACAUGCUUUUAUAAAACAUGGCUACUGUAUAGAAUAUGGAAGUUGCAAUAACAGUUAUACACCGUACUAGUGAAGAUCCUACCCCUUUUGUGGUAUUCAUUAUUCAAGGAAGCAGUACAGUGAACUUCCAAGUAGUUAAUUGUCACUGGAGACAGUACUUUAUCUGUUCUUUCCUCCAGUUACGGGCAUUUUUGUAAGCAUGCAGUGGCAGUUGUUGGUUACGUUUCAGUGUAAAUUUAAUUUGAACAAAAUUUCAGACUUCAAUUGAAAAUUGUGGAUUUAAUAGUCACAUCUAGACUGAAAACAGUCAUAACCUGGUGCAGCUGAAGGUGACUAAUUGAACUUUGAACUUUGGCUCUGCUCAUUGGGAACAAAUGGCUCAAGGCCUCCUAAAUUUGACAGUGUUAGACUGGACCAUUAGUUUGACCACAAUUGAGCAGUUCCCUUUCAUCUUGGAUGGCGUGAUGAUUGAGGAAGGUGCAUUUUCAAGUGAUAUUGAUUCGCACAAUUGUUUUUAAAAUGCUUGUUCUUUCAAAACCUUCCAGCAUUUUGAUCUUUCCAACUCUCCUUUAAAGCUCAUACGUCUUUUAAAAUAUCCCAUUACAUUAAACAGGACUGAUUCUGAAGUCACCUAUUUUUAAUUGGAGUAAAGUGGUUUUAGUUUUCAAGAAUCCUUCGUGUAAAGCUAGGGCUUAAUCAAUCUUUUUUAAAGUAAACUCUCCACUAAGAGUGCCUUCCAUUCAACAGUAACUCUAUAUAUGUACUAUAUCAAUCCUUCAAGGAAGGUUUUAAAGAAAAGUCCUUUGCCUGAACUACUACAUCAGAGAUGAGAGAAAUCUUUCCUCUCAACGUCCCAUUUCUUCACACUGCACAAAAGAACUUGUCAUGGAAAAAGCAAAAUUGGAAAAUAAUUAAUUUAUUGAAUGGAGUGUGAUGUACUAACUAAUUGUUGUGAGCAAAGAUUACCAAAAUAGAAUGUGAUCUGUUUUCCAAAACUGGUACGUCAGUUAAUCUUGGUGUGGGUGGAGAAGGUGGGCAAAAAGCAGAGGAAAUGCAUGAGUUGGCUAAGUUUUUUUUUUGAACAAAUCUUGAGUGAUAGUAAAGCAUGUUUGUUUUUUGUGUGUGUGUGUGUAUUUUGGGAGGAAAGCUUUCCUACAAUCGUGUUGAUCCUGUUUUUAAAAGUCUUCCCUGUCUUAUUCUUUUUUGUUUUAUUGCCUUCCCUGAAUAUUAUAAAUUGAAAUUGAGUUAUAAAAUAUCUAGCUGGUUUUUGGCAGUACACAGUGCUAGUUCAUUCCUGUUACAUUAGAAUAUGCAGAAAAUUUUCUGAAUAUAAAUGACAGAAUAGAGAUCAGAAUUAAGACUUGUGAAUCUCACUUUUUUAGAAGGUUGAAAAUUAGUCUGUGAUUAGAACAGGUUAGUUUUGUUAUGAUGUCUAUUGCAACAUGAAUUGAAAUCCCAGGAAUUUAGGUUUUAAAUGAGCAGAGAAUGACUUGUUCUAAUCACACACAAGCACUCUAUUUUGCAAUCAUCCUUUUUAUGUGCUUAUCUAACAAUUACAGGACAGUUAGUGACAAGACUAUUGGCCCUCCGUAAAGCAAAUGUUUUUGCCCCUUGAGAUAAUAUUUGCUACUUGCUGAAGUGUUCUGUGUAUUAGAUGUAUUGUUUGUGGAUACUGCAUCUCCUUUGUCUAGAAAAUUAUUUUACUUCAGUAAAUGCCACUUGUUUUAUUGAACUCAUUAAACAAAUACAAAUAUCAA